GAAUCAAUUUUCUUAUAUGAUAUGAAGGAAAAUAUAAAUUCUCCACUUAAACUUUUUGUUCUCGCUAAAAAAGAAAUAACUGAUAUAUUUAGUCGUCUACUUGCUUAUGUCGAUGAUAAUGAAAUUUAUAUUAAAGACAUUGAAAGUCUAAAUAAGGAUAUUGUAGAUGAAAAUUAUGUAAAAUUAAUUCAGGAAAAUAAAGAUAAAAUUAGAAAUAUCUUAGAUAUUCUUGGUAGAAACCAUAUGAAAGUUGCCUUUUUUGGUAGAACUAGUAAUGGAAAGAGUACUGUUAUAAAUGCAAUGUUGGGGGAAAAAGUUUUACCUUCUGGUAUUGGACAUACUACAAAUUGUUUUGUUCAGGUUGAAGGUAUUGGUAAUGCUGACAACUUAAAUCAAAAUGAUGAGGUUCCACUGGAACCUUACAUAUAUACAGAAGGAGAAAUAAAUAAUGAUGUGCAAAAUUUUGAACAUCGCAAAAGUAUUAACAAUGUAGAACAACUGGCCAAUGCUCUAACUUCUGAAAAAUUAUCCCAUGAUUCUUUAGUUCAUGUAUGUUGGCCUACAAACAGAUGUCCACUCUUGCGUGAUGAUGUCAUUCUUGUUGAUAGCCCUGGAAUAGACGUGAGCCCUGAUGUGGACCAAUGGAUUGAUAAGCAUUGCCAGGACGCUGACGUUUUUAUCCUUGUAGCUAAUAGCGAAUCGACUCUUAUGCAGACGGAAAAAAAUUUUUUCCACAAGGUUGCCUCGAAAUUAUCCGGUCCUAACAUUUUCGUGCUGAAUAAUAGGUGGGACGCUUCAUCUGCUUUUGACCCCGAGAUAGUCCAGCGGGUUAUAAAUCAACAUACCGAACGGGUGGUACAAUUCCUUACAAACGAGCUUAAGGUGAUGAGUGAAUCCGAAACGAGAGACCGUAUAUUUUUUGUUUCUGCCAAGGAGGUCUUGCAAACGCGACUAGCUCUUCCUCGUGGCGGAGCCUAUAGCCCUCAAUUGCAGCUAUCAGACGCCAAAACAAAAGCCAGACGUCCCGACGAAAAUGCCGGGGCUGAGGCUCGCUUAGCUGAAUUUAAGAGAUUUGAGGCUCGAUUCGAAGAAUGCAUAUCCAGAUCCGCUCUGCAAACUAAGUUUGGAAAACAUUCUCACCAAGCCCUCUCGAUCUGUUCUGCCAUUCGAUCCGCUUUCGAGGCCAGCAUCAACUCUAUAAGUGGUGAGCGUGAUCUCUUAGUAGCGCGUAGCGUUAAAACUACUCAGAGUAUAAAGCUUGUUGACACAGGACUCAAAGAAAGGGCUUCUAAAUUCGAGGCGCGUCUAGCUCAGCUGAGAGAAUCUGUGAGAUUCCAAGUUAGCCAAGCCCUUGAGGCUGAAACCCGGAGAUUGGGAGCCUUGGUAGACGAGUUUGUCUGGUCUGGACCCGGUUCAGCCUUCGCUUCAACCGCGUCUUCACAUUAUAAUAGCGGCGAUGCGGUUCUAGUGAGAUACAAGAGGGAGCUGGAAGCAUUUGUGGAGGAAGGAUUAAGUCGAAACUUGAGUUCGAGGUGCUUGGCCGACACCCUAGAGGAUCUCCAAGGAUUUAAACGUGAUCUAACCGCCAGUUUUGGUCAGAUUUUUCCUAUCAGUAAACCCAUGGAAAAGAAUGACUUUAAACGAGGAGCUGUGGAUCUGAAUAUAGACGAGGAUUUAUUAUCUCCCGACACGGUUGCCAUGCUUCGUACCGCCUUUCAUCUCGAAUGUCAAGACCUCUGGGAGGAUUUUAAAGAACAUCUCCAGUUUAGGUUUUCGCUGAGUCCGGCUAGACUAGUCAAACGUCUCUUGAUCCCCCUGAUUCAAGGUUCCAAGAAGCCUAUAACGGCCAGGAGAAAAGAUCAUUUUUUAUAUAGUUUCACUAGCCCAGACUCUAAAUCAGAGUCAGUGACAAAACUUACUGAACGAGAUAAAAUAGUCUUCGACACGAAUAGGCUUGCCCGAGGCGACGCCAUCUCAUCUUCUUACUUUCCCGAUAAAGUCACAACUGGCGCUAAUACUCCCAACGUGGAAAGCGUAGCGUUUGACUAUAACGGUGCUCCAUCUCAGAGCAAAACGCGUUUCUCUUUGCCCGAUAUAGCGGAUACUGGCAGCUUAGUAUCACAUCGUUCUAAAUCGCACCUUCCUCAAUCAAGCACCUUCGACGUUUUGUAUGACGAUGAAACAGCAAAUUCCGAAGAAGACACCUUGGUCUUUUCUGACGAACUGCGGCAUUUGUCCACCAUCGCUUCGGCUUCUCUCUUCGGAGUGUCAUCAGCCGGUACCGGGUUUCUAGGAGCUUUUCUCGUGGCCCGAUUUCUUCUUCUAUCGCCUUCUUCGACCUUCUCCACCUCCUCGCUAGCCUUUAAAAUUUCCUUCACCCUAGGUUGCCUGUACGGAUUAGCCUAUCUUUACGAGCGAGCUUCCUGGACGCCUUUGGCUCGCGAACGUGUCUUCAAGCGACAGUUCUCUUCUCACGGUGGAGCUCGUCUUAGACGCAUCGCGUCUCGUGCGGCCUCAAACUGUGCGAGUCAUGUGUCUUGCGAUGCGCGCCAUUCUCUCUCUCGCUUACUCUCCUCUGCUUCCGCUUUCCGUAAGAGCCUCGAGGUAGCUGCACGAACCGAUACUCUCAGGCGAGAAGCGUGCGAUAAACUAUUGGCUGAUAUUUGCCCGCGUGUCGAGGCUGUAGGUCUUAAAUUGACCCGGGCGUUGGACAUAUUUCUUACCACUUAUUUCGCUAAUCCUUAAAAACUAAUUGAGCAAAAGAAAGAUAAUAUUUAUCCCUUUUUUUAAAUAUUACCUUUAAAUACAAUUAAAAUCAGUUUAAAACACAAAGAAUGAUUAAUUAUUUCUUAUAUCAUCUUUAGAUAAUAUAUCGAAAAAUUUUAGUUAUUUCUUUCAAAAAGGAUCAUUAAGUUUUGAUAAAAUUGCCCAAUUGUCUCUUAAUCGUGCUUUUUUAAAUAGAGAUUUAAUAUUUUAUUUAUUAUUGUUUAAUGUGUAAGAACGACUUAAUUUUUUUUAAUAAUAAAUUGACGGAACUAAUUAUAAUAUAUAUUUUAACCUUUUCUUGACGCCUUCUAUCCAAUUUUAUAAAUUUGCAGUCUUUUCAUUGAUAUUUACUUUUUUCUUUUAAUAAAUUUAAUUUACCCGUGUAAUAAAAAUAUUUUUUUAUUUUUGAAUGUUUUUUUUUAUUCUGUUUAUUAAUGUUACAAUUAUGUUUAUUAUAUAAUAUAAUAUAUUUUUUACAGUUUUUAUCCUUAGCCUUCAUAUUAUGACAAGAUGUCCACCAUUUAAAAAAAACAAAUUUUUCCUGAUAUAAUAACGACCUUGUUGAUUAUAA